AUGUGGGCUCUGUGGGCAUUCUUGCUCAUUUCCUGCGCCAGCGCGUUCUACAUCCCUGGGUACUCCGUAACACGAUACAACGACAACGACCCGAUCCCGCUGCUCGUCAAUAAGAUAUUCUCCGACAAUACCCAACUGCAGUAUGCCUACUUCGACCUCCCUUUCGUUUGCCCGCCAAGCGGGAAGACACACGGCGGUUCACCCUUUGGGUCCGGCCAGAGCGUCUCGCUGAAUCUCGGAGAGGUACUGCGUGGUGAUCGGAUCAUGACGUCCGAUUUCGAACUCGCUAUGGGCAAGGACGUUGAAUGUCAAGCGCUCUGCACCCGCGAAGUCAGUCGGUCAGACGUUAAGUGGGCCCGUCAGCUCGUCAAGGAGGGAUAUGUGAUUGAGUGGAUCGCGGAUAACCUGCCGGGAGCCACUAGCUUCGUGACCGUGGACCGGAGCCGCAAAUACUAUGCCUCUGGGUUCAAGCUUGGAUACCGGGAUAUCUCCCCAGUCAGCGGACAGUCCAGGUACUUCAUAAACAACCACUUUACCAUUGUUAUCCGCUGGCGGAGCGCACCAGAAGGGGGAAAGCUGGUUGUUGGAUUCGAGGUCUACCCAAAGAGCAUCACCGCCGAGGACCGCAAGGAGGGAGGCUGUCCCAAGGCCGUCCAAAAGGAUCACGAAGGGCUCGGACUGUACCUACCCCCUAAUCUUUCUCGGAUGCAAGAGAAAUACUCCGGACUAUCCUACAUCCCAGAGGAUGACGAGGAUGACGAUGGAGCCACCUUGAAAAUACCGUACACCUACUCUGUUUACUUCCGGGAGGACACCAAGAUUGACUGGGCCAGCCGUUGGGAUCUGUACUUCACAAACCAAGGUGAAAGCUCCAUCACUCAUUGGCUGGCCAUCCUCAACUCUCUUACCAUUUCGACCGUGCUGGGAGUGACCGUUUUCGUCAUCUGGAGUCGCACCGUACAAGGUGACCUCAAAGGCCGUGGUGACGGCGCCAUGGACGAUCGCAAAAACAAGGGCCACAUUCGGCGAAGGAGCGAGAAGAAGAGCGAGGGGCUUUUGGGCGACGACGACGUGGAGCGAGAUGCAGACUAUUCCUCAGAAGAUGAAUCCGCCGAAGACACGGCCGGCUGGAAGCUUCUACAUGGCGACGUGUUCCGCACUCCAGCCUAUAGUGGCCUUCUCGCACCUUUGGUGGGCUCUGGCAUGCAACUCUUGUUCAUGGCUACUGGCUUGCUCUUGCUUAGCUGCCUCGGUAUCCUGAAUCCCAGUUACCGCGGAGGAUUUGUGAGUGUCGGUAUGGGUCUGUUCGUGUUCGCUGGUGUCUUCUCCGGCUACUUCUCGGGCAGACUCUACAAAACCUUCGGCGGUAAUGCUUGGCGCAAGAACACAUUGAUCACUGCGUUGCUAUUCCCCGGUCUCGCAUUUUGCCUCAUCUUGCUCCUCAACUUGUUUGUCUGGGCUCAAGCAUCUAGCACGGCAAUUCCAUUCAGCACUCUGAUUGGUCUUCUUGCCAUCUGGCUACUGAUACAAGUGCCUUUGGUGUAUCUCGGAAGCUGGGUGGGCUAUGUCCGCGCAAAACCUUGGGAGCACCCUUUGAAGACGAAUGCCAUCGCACGACAAAUUCCAUCUCAGCCUUGGUAUCUUUGUGUGCCCAUCGGUCCUGUCAUGACAGGUCUGAUCCCAUUCGCAGUUCUUUUCAUCGAGCUACUAUUCGUCUUCAAAAAUCUUUGGCAGGACAAGACUGGAUACUACUAUGUCUUCGGUUUCUUGAGCGCUGUUUCAGUUGUGCUGAUGAUAACGGUGGUUGAAGUGACCGUGAUCGCAACAUAUAGCCAGCUUUGCUCUGAGAAUUAUCAUUGGUGGUGGCAGAGCUUCAUCACCGGCGGAAGCAGUGCAUUCUGGAUUUUUGCGUACUGCAUCUGGUAUUACAUCUUCAAGCUAAACGUCACUGGCUUUGUUUCAAGCCUACUUUUCUUCAGCUACAGCUUCCUCGCCUGCGCGGUGUACGGUCUUUUGACCGGAACCGUUGGUUUCUUGGCCGCGUACGCUUUCGUCCGGCGGGUCUAUAGGUAUGAUUGCUAUCCAAAUGUGUCGAAAGGAAGCUAA